CUAGUCAUCUACCCCUACUCCUACGCCUCCAUUAGCUCUCAUCGUAGCAGUCUCGCACUCUUAACGACUUCAUGUCGGUCUUCUCCGCCCUCAUCAUCUUCGCUCCCUACUCCCUGACUCUCGCCCCGAACAACACCAUCCACCAUGUCCUUGACCGUCCGGAGCCUCAACGGUGAUACGGCUUUCCUCCUAACAUUUGUGCCUCCUGUAGCCCCUCCUCUCUCAUCUCCUGGCCUUUUUCCAGGCUCCUUCACCAUCCUGAUAGACCCAUGGCUCACGGGUCCUUCAAUCAUUCUCAACAGCAUCUUUUCUAUAUCAGAGCAGAAAAACGCCCCUUGCAUCAAAUCUCUAAGAGACUUGGACCACGAACCCGAUCUCAUCUUGAUUUCCCAGGAUAAGCCGGACCACUGCCAUCAGGAGACGCUCUGUCAAUUGCCUCAAGAUUGCCAAUCCACCAUAUUAGCCACCCCUCCCGCCGCAAGAAAGAUCAAGUCAUGGAAGCACUUCCAACCUGAGCUGGUCCAGACACUCCCAAAAUAUGCCGAGGGAGACUCGCGCUCCAUAUAUCGCCUAGUCUUGCCUCCCAUGUCCCCUCGAGGUUCCUGUGGAGAGGUAACGGUGACCUGGUUGCCCGCCAAAUGGGACGUCACCAAUCUACAUCAUGCCAUUGGCAUCACGUACCGUCCUCCAUGUAGCGUUCUUUCGGCCAAUCCAGGAUAUUACCUUGAUCUUCCCAUGAGCCCGCCUCUUUCUCCAGGCUCCCCUAGGACAAUUGCCUCCUCCCCAAGCACCAUUGUACCCUCGCCGAACAAUGAUCGUGAGAAGACCAUCUCCGUUGUGUACUCUCCACACGGUGUACCAUACGAUAUCAUCCGUCCUUAUGCAUCAUCUCAUCUUGUAGCGGAGUCUGCCCUUCCUUUGAGCGCCUUGAUUCAUUCCUUCGAUCGAGUUGAGAACCCUUGGUGGCUAGGUGGUAACGUAUCUGCCGGCUCGCCCGGGGGCUUGCAGAUUGCUCGAAGCCUCUACGCACAAGCUUGGAUCAGUGCUCAUGAUGCCGACAAGGACAAUCGGGGUAUAUCGGUCAAGCAGGUCCGCAUCGGGAAAUAUGCUGUCGACGAAGUUAAGAAGAUGUUUCAACUGGAUCACAAUGAGCUGAAGCCUGUCAAGCUCCCCCAAACUGAAAUAAUCAGCCUAGCACCAGGAGAGGAGCACAAGAUAGUAAGAGGGUGAUUUGUUCCUCUGGACUUGGUCUCUAUGGCCAUCUACCAUACUAUGGUCAACAUCGAACCCGGAAGAUCCUAACAGAUGUGUACACAAGUACACGUACCCGAGUUCUCAAGCGGUCAGUUCUUUUCUAGGAUGCCAUCGCCUUUCCUAGCUAUAUCGUGCGGACGUCAUAAAUCGCCCUUCUUUGCUUCCUGUUGUUCC